AUGUAUCUCAGAGCAGUCCACGCUGAGGGCUCCAUCAAAGCCCUCUUUGAGUUCAUCAAACAAAGUCCCCUCGGAAUCUUGACCACAGCCAUCUCGUCCCAAUCACACCCCUUCAUCCAAUCCAGCCACAUUCCCUGGGUCCUGGAUGAAAUUAGCGAUGACCCAGAUGCACCAGUGAAGGGCAAACUCCGCGGUCACAUGGCUCGACAGAACCCACAGGCCAAGGCCAUCAUGGAAAACGCCGGACAAUCACCGGCCCAAUUGACCCAAGAUGUGAUGAUUCUCUUCACGGGCUCAGCUCACCACUAUGUCACUCCCAAAUUCUACACCGAAACCAAGCCCAGCACGGCUAAGGUCGUGCCGACUUGGAACUAUUCCGCCGUGCAGGUUUACGGCAAAGCAACCGUCUACUACGACUCCGCUUCUCCGGAGACAUCUAGCUACUUGUCACAGCAGAUUCAUGAUCUGUCACAGCUGUGCGAGACUUCUCAAAUGGGGUACACUGGGCAAGAAGGGAAGCCGGGGCCUUGGACAGUGUCAGAGGCACCAGAGCGGUACAUCGAUAUCAUGAAGAAAAACAUCAUUGGCAUUGAGAUUGCAAUCGAGAGCAUUGGAGGGAAGUUCAAAAUGAGUCAGGAGAGUAGCCAGGGUGACCGCGAGGGUGUGAUCAAUGGGUUCUCCAACCUUGGCUCGGACGUUGGCGACCAGAUGGCAAGCCUAGUGAAAGAGCGUUGUGCAAUGAAAGAUGCAAGCAAGACUCAAUGA